UCUUUCCUACUCUCUCUCUCUCUCUCUCUCUCUCUCUUACUCUGAAAAGUGGGGAAAGGACUGAAAGUGCCAUUUGCCUUUGCCUUUGAUGGAGGGCAUCGCUUCCAAGGCAAACAAAUUAUAUGGAGAAGAAGAGUAAACCCCUCGAGCUACAGCUAAAGAGCUAGAGAGAGAAAGCUAUAGAGACAGACAGACAGACAGGGAGAACGAGCUCCCCUUGCUUUUCACUGACUUGCCAAUUAUCUCCCUAUUCUAAUCAAUGGCGAUGUGAUGAUGAUGAUUAUAAUGAUGAUGAUGUUCUUCUUCUCCUACUAGACUUAGAUCUGUCGUCCGCAAGCUCCGGAGAGAUCUCCGCUUCCUCUUCCUCCCCUUAAAGCCCCACUCCUGCUUCUCCUCCUUCUUCUUCGAGUAGACCGCAGCGCAAUGCUCCUCUGAUUUUGACUCCAGGUUCUCCGGGGCGCUGUACGUUCUGUUCGCUUUGGGGACUGAUUGGAAGGGACAAUGGCUUCCAAACAGAGGUCGUCCAAGUCCAAGAGAUCAGGUCUUGGUGGUUCGGGAGCAGUCAAUUCUCCUUCUUCUUCCACGACUUCGUCUUCCAAACAGUAUGUAGAAACGUCUGUCGAUGGUCAGAGCUCGCCGGCGUCUUCUUCAGCUCGGAGUAAGCCUCAGUUUUUUUAUUCGGAGAGCUUGUCCGUGGAUGCUGACAGAUCAAAGGAGAAUGUCACGGUGACUGUUCGGUUUCGGCCACUCAGCCCGAGGGAAAUUCGUCAAGGGGAGGAAAUUGCUUGGUAUGCUGAUGGAGAAACAAUUGUGCGCAAUGAGCACAAUCCUUCCAUAGCCUAUGCAUAUGACAGGGUUUUUGGCCCAACAACCACAACUCGGCAUGUCUAUGAUGUGGCAGCCCAGCAUGUUAUUAGUGGUGCUAUGGAAGGAAUCAAUGGAACUAUAUUCGCAUAUGGUGUGACGAGCAGUGGAAAGACUCACACUAUGCAUGGUGAUCAAAGGUCCCCUGGUAUUAUACCAUUGGCUGUGAAAGAUGCUUUCAGUAUCAUUCAGGAGACUCCAAAUAGAGAAUUUCUUCUUCGUGUUUCAUACUUGGAGAUAUAUAAUGAGGUUGUCAAUGAUUUACUAAAUCCAGCCGGACAAAAUCUAAGAAUCAGAGAAGAUGCUCAGGGAACUUUCGUGGAAGGAGUAAAGGAGGAAGUUGUAUUGUCCCCUGCUCAUGCCCUUUCCUUGAUAGCUGCUGGAGAAGAGCAUCGGCAUGUUGGCUCCACGAACUUCAAUUUACUAAGCAGCAGGAGCCAUACAAUAUUUACCCUUACAAUAGAGAGUAGUCCCUGUGGAGAACACUGCGAAGGGGAAGCUGUGACUUUGUCUCAACUGAACCUCAUCGAUCUGGCAGGUUCUGAGAGCUCAAAGGUUGAAACUUCUGGUGUAAGGAGGAAGGAAGGAUCAUACAUUAAUAAAAGCCUGCUAACUCUUGGAACUGUUAUAUCCAAGUUAACUGAUGGUAGAGCAACUCAUAUACCUUAUAGAGACUCCAAAUUGACGAGGCUUCUUCAAUCCUCUCUAAGCGGUCAUGGGCGUGUAUCACUUAUUUGCACUCUCACUCCUUCCUCGAGCAAUUCCGAAGAGACGCAUAAUACAUUGAAGUUUGCACAUCGUGCGAAACACAUUGAAAUUCAAGCAGCACAAAACAAGAUUAUUGAUGAGAAGUCACUGAUCAAAAAGUAUCAAUAUGAAAUACGCCGCUUAAAAGAAGAGCUAGAACAGCUAAAACGGGGUAUUGUCCCAAUUCCUCAACUCAAAGAUGGUGCAGAAGAUGACCUUGUGGUCCUGAAACAAAAGCUAGAGGAUGGUCAAGUUAAGCUGCAAUCCAGAUUAGAGCAAGAGGAGGAAGCUAAAGCUGCUCUAUUGGGCAGAAUACAGAGGCUAACAAAACUGAUAUUAGUAUCCACAAAAGAUUCCCAGUCAUCAAGAUUUCCUCAGCGACCAGUUCCCAGGAGAAGACACUCUUUUGGGGAAGAAGAGCUUGCAUAUCUUCCUUACAAAAGGCGGGACCUGAUGUUAGAUGAUGAAAAUGUCGACAUUUAUGUUUCUGUAGAGGGCAAUGUUGAAACAACAGAUGAUGUACAUAAGGAGGAAAAGAAGAGCAAGAAACAUGGCUUGCUAAACUGGUUAAAGCCACGAAGACGUGAUAGUAGCACGGGGACGUUGGUAAGCACUAGCGACAAGUCUAGUGGAGUGAAAUCCAUUAGCACACCUUCAACCCCUCAAGGAGAGAAUGGCAACUUUCAGACAGAGUCAAGACAUUCCCAUUCUCUGGUGGCAGAAAGUUCUCCAUCAGCCGACCUUUUUUCAGAGAUGAGAGAGGAUAGAGACAUGCGUGAUGAUAACUUUCUGGGGCAUGAAACACCUCUGAGUAGUUUAAAAUCAAUGGAUCAGAUCGAGCUUUUGAGGGAGCAGCAGAAGAUUCUGGCAGGAGAAGUGGCAUUUCAUACAAGUGCUUUGAAGCGGUUGAGCGAGGAGGCUGCAAGAAAUCCCCAGAAAGAGCUGAUUCAAGUGGAGAUGAGGAAGCUGAAUGAGGAAAUCAAGGGGAAAAAUGAACAAAUAGCUUCAUUGGAAAAGCAAGUUGCUGAUUCUAUUAUGGCUUCGCAAAAAAAGCCAGAUCAUGAAGUAUCUCAAUCUGUUACUGACUUGAUGGCACAACUGAAUGAGAAGUCCUUUGAACUCGAGGUUAAAGCGGCAGACAAUCGUAUAAUCCAAGAACAGCUCAACCAGAAGAUCCAUCAAUGUGAAGAAUUGCAAGCAAUGGUAGCAUCCUUGAAGCAACAGCUCUCUGACGCACUGGAACUCGAAAGCUUCAACCCCACGGGAAGUUCUUCGCAACGAAUCAGUGGAGCCAAAAGCUUUCUUGUGGAGCUCAACCUCAACAGAGGAAAUGCAGAGUCGAGUGACACAAGUGAAGUCUCACUUUUACAGGCAAAGGAAACUCUUAUAGAAGAACUGAAACAGAAAGCGACUGAAUUGACCGAGACAAACAAACAACUCGAAGUUAGAAACCAGAAACUUGCAGAGGACAGCUCUUACGCAAAAGGGCUAGCCUCAGCAGCAGCAGUGGAGCUGAAGGCCCUUUCGGAAGAAGUAGCCAAGCUCAUGACCCACAACGAAAAGCUGACUUCCGAGUUGACUGCCCUCAAGAGCUCCCAGUCUCAUUCCCACUCCCACUCCCACUCCCACUCCCACUCCCACUCCCCCUCCUCUCGUAGAGCCACCAGCACUCUUAGGAACGGGCGAAGAUCGGACAGCCAUCUGAUGAAGAGGCAAGACCAAGGGGUGGUCCCAACAUCUGCCGAUAUGAAGAGGGAGCUUGCAGUGAUUCGCGAGAGAGAACUGGCAUACGAGGCUGCCCUCCUCGAGAAGGACCAGAGGGAGGCCGAGCUGCAGACGAAGGUGGAGGAGUCAAAACAGAGGGAGGCUUACCUCGAGAAUGAACUGGCCAACAUGUGGGUUCUUGUGGCGAAGCUGAAGAAAUCCAAUGCUGUCGAGAACGAUGGUCCCGAUUCAACGAAAGAGAGUCAAUGACUCGAAGGUUUUUGGGGGGUGAAUGAGUCUAGGCGAUUGGUUUUGAAUAGGUUGUACAAAUCCGUGUCGGGGGUUGCGAGUGCUGGGCUAUUGUACAUACCGGAUUGAUGGUUUUCCUUCUCCUUCUUCUCUUCUUCUUCGGUCGCUAUUGUAUUAAAGCAUUUCUCUCUGCUAAUCGUUGUAAAGGCAUGGAUAUACCAUUUAUGCUAACUUCUGACUUCGAGCACUUUUCAUCAAUGGAUUACAUCUUGAACUUAA